UCAAAUUUCGUAGCUUACGGGGAAACAAAGCUGUAACGAACUGACAGUUUUGUGCAUGUUUAGACAUAUCACAAGUUAUGUUUCACACAAAAGCUGUAAAAACAUAAUGCGGGAUAUAAAACGCGUGAGAACGUGAAAAUGAGCUGCUUAUCAAUAAAUUCUUAUUGGAAAAAUAUUUAGAUUUUUAAAUAAUGUAAUUCUAUUUUAGUAAGACUAAUAAACAGUGAAAUGUAUCCUAAAUAAGUUAGCCUGAUGGUAUUUCGCUAAGAGUUACUUUCUAAAUGAUCGCGAGUUGGCCCCUGGAUUACAAUCAUCUUGCACAAGAACAGAUUAAAAUACAGCAAAUUUUAUUUGUCCUCGAUCGAUGGAUUACAAUUAAAGCAAGAAUUUACAAAAACUUUCGAUACCAGAUAAAAUGCUGAUAUCGAUAAUAAUGAGUAACAAUCAGGGAAUUUGCCUUGAAACGUAUGAAUAUUAGAAUCAAAUCUGAAACAAGACAUCAGGUUCUUCUUUUUAACUUUUCAACUACUCACUCACCAGCUUCGGAUGACAACCUUUCAAAUGCGGCUGGAUACCGGUAGGAAACGCCGCCUAGACGGGAAAGUGGUUAGUGACUUUGACUGCCUCACCGAAGGGCACGGGUUCGAAUCCCAGAGAAAUUAUGCAUGUAAUUUGUCCGUUCGUUCAAGGAAGGCAACUAUGAACUUUCCCGCUUAUUAAGUGCCUCCAUAAUAAAGAAACCGUCGCUUCCGACCUUAGUAUUGGCCAGUGUCUAUAAACGACUAGGACCCGCCAUUAAAGGGGGAGAAAAAAACCCAGCAAACUCUUUCCCAGCAUACGCUAUUUGCUGGCAAUUAAGAACAGCGAACCCUCGCUCAACAAGACAUGGUUUGCAGUUAACUUUGGAGAGCUUUUAAACUCUCUUGUGAAUGAUUUAAUUUGCAUAAUUUUCUCAUCUGAGUUUAUAUGUGGCGAGAUUCAAAGAUAAGAUAGGGGAGUGUUAAAAUUAAGCUUAACUAUUAGCAAAACUGAAAAUAAUUAUUAGAAUGAGAAAAUAUCGUUUAUUAUUUUCUUAACUUAAAGUUAUACAAAUUCUGAUGAAUUUUUAAUCCAUCAAGGUGACUUUAUUUUCAAAAUAUUUAUUUUAAUUCUAUCAUGUAUUAUUUCUAAAUUCUCUUUACAACUAGUGCUUUUUUCUUCCAUUCAUUAUUAUUGUUGUUAUUAUUUCUAUAACUGCUAUUAUUUUACUUUAAUUUCAGAUUAAACACGUUUCGGAAGGAUAUGUUCGGAGGCGUACUUGAAAUCUAUCGUUACAAAGAAAAUUGAUGUUUUUCUGAAAGAAAUAAUUCUUAAAUUCAGAAGUCAAUAAAUUUAUUAAUAUUUUUAUAGAUAUAUAAAUCUCCUGCCAUCUUGGCCUUUUGGAAGUAUGUUAUAUUAAAAAGAAUAUUUUCAUAAUCUUUAAAUAGCUGAGUACUACCUUAAGUAUAGUGUCUUCUGAUUAUUGACCUGUUUCAAAAACGUAGUGUUACCCUUUGAAUAUGACCUGUUUCAAUAAUAAAUUUUGAAAUUAUUACUUACUUAUAAAACAUGUAUUUUGUAGCUUACAAGGCAUUUUGAGACUAAAACGCUGAAUUCUGAUAAAAAUAAUAAAUGUUUUUGUGUUUGUUAAGAUAUAUCUAUUUUUAAACAUUAGUAAAACAUAACUGAUUAAAGGUAUUAAAGGAACCUGCAUUUUUGAAGAUUUAAUUAAACUUUUCUCUAAAUAAAUAUCUAUGCCUGUAUACUGGACCUAAACCUUUUCUUAAAUAUAUAUAAAUAUCAAAUAAUGCUAUAGUUAAAAUUAAAAUGAAAUAAUAUAAAUAUCAAAUAAUGCUAUAGUUAAAAUUAAAAUGAAAUAAUAUAAAAAUCAAACAAAAUAAAAAGACAGAAUAAUAAAAUAAUAUAAUAAUUAGUUGAAGAUAAAAAUGGGACUUGAUACUUCUAAAGAUAUCAAUCCCAAUGCUGCUAAGGGCUAUAUAUUAGAGAAAUUCACUCGGCACAAGAAAGGUGUAAAUUGCAUGGUAAUGGAACCUGAGAAGUUCUUGAUGGCUACUGGAGGAGAAGAUCGGAUAGUCCUUCUGUGGCGUGUCAAUACCUCCCCAACUCAGUGCAAAGCUACGUUGAAAGGACAUUUAGACUACGUCACAUGUCUCGCUUUCCAUGACAAGUUCAUUCUGUCUGGAUCUGCUGAUUGCACUAUCCGAAAGUGGUGUCUCACAAAAUACGAGUGCCUUUAUGUGUAUGAGGGACAUGAACAAAGAGUCAAUCGAAUUUUAUGUGCCGGUGACUUCCUUUUCUCUUCUUCGAUUGAUCAUAAAGCCAGAGCAUGGACACUUCAAACCCAUCAGUAUGCUCCAAUAGAAGAAGCUUGUUUAAAGGUCUUUGAGGGUCACUCCAAAGCAGUUUAUCCUCUCGUUUUCGUCCCAGACGAUAAGAGUUCAUUAGAUGGUAAAACAAUCAGUGAAAAAGAUAUCUUCAUCACAGGUUCCUCAGAUAAGACAAUCAGAAUAUGGUGCUUCAAGAAUGCAAAAACAAUGAAUGUAUUAAAAGGUCAUACAGGCACAGUGAAUGCUUUGGUCCCAGAUCCCGAAGGAAAAUUCCUCUUCAGUGGGGGUGGAGAGGGACUUAUUUGCUGCUGGAACAUCUCAACAGGAGAAUGCGUUCGACAAAUGACGGGACACGAGAGUGCUGUUCUCAGUCUCAUUGCCCAUAAUAAAAUGUUGUACUCAUGCAGUACAGAUCAGACCGCACGUGCAUGGAUAAUGGAGUACGGAGAAUGUAUAAAGGUUUACAGAGGACAUACACAUAGUGUAACAUGCAUCAAGUAUUAUGAUGGAUAUGUUUACACAGGAUGUGCGGAUACUUCCAGCAGGAUGUUCAAAGCAAAGACAGGAGAAUGCAAAAGAAUUUUCAAAGGACAUGCCAAAGCAGUAGUUCAGAUUGAGGUGGUAUACGACAAAAUGUAUUCUGUGUCAGUGGAUGGUACCCUCAGGGUCUGGGAUACAACAGGGAUCCUUGAUGAAGAAGUGGUUACUGAGGAAGUAACAACUGACAUGCCAAUACCUUAAACUGUAUUAUUAUUUCUUAUUCAGUUUGCCGCUCGUUUAAGUAAUUUAAUAGUUUAAGUAAUUAAGUAAGUUUACUUAAAUCCACUUGUAACCAUAACUGAAAGACUUAUGUAAAACUUUUGGUCCUAAGUUACAUGUUUCAAUAAAUAUAUUUUCAC